AUGAGUAAACCGCGAGAUGCCUGAUCUGACUUCUUACUUUACUUUUUUUUUUUUGUUUUACUUUCCCUCCACAAAGACACCUAAAAAUGUCGCAAUGAACACGCCUUCCAUGCUUCCUACCUCUCUCUCUCUCUCUCUCUCUCAAGCGUUUCUCUAUUAUAUAUUUCGUUUAGUUGAAUUUGCAGUUAAUGGUCGCUUUCUCCACUUCUUAUUAUUUUUUUUUUAAUGCCCUCACAAUCUAACCUUAUUUAAUUUAUCAACUGUUUCCAAUUUUCAGUUUGGCAAAUUUUAACCCUCAUCACCAUUAUUAGCCAAAGUGCCAAUACAUUUUUGUUACACCUUAUGUUUCGCAUUCUUUUUAUUAAGUCAUUGUUUUAUUGAUCUGGGUUUUAAUAGGUUUUGAUUCUUUUGUCGAAUUUCUGGUAAAUUUUGAUUCUUUAUUCUUAAUUUGUAAAUGGGUACCUGAGAUUUUAUUUGGAUUUUCUUUCCUUGUAUAUUUUGUGGAUAAUCUGUUAGAAACAAUUUGAGUCUUUUGGAGCUAAUUAGGAAAUGGGUAUUUGAAAGAUUUUGGUUCUUUAAAGAAGUAUAGAGAAGAAGAUUAUUAAGAUUUGAAAAGAGUGGUUGCUGAUGAUUUUGUGUCUGGGAAGUCCGGAGAUCAUAAGUCUUUUUUAGAAGGAAUUGUUAGUUUGUUUAUGUGUCUUUGUAUUGUAUUGUAUCGAUUUUGGUGAAAGAGUAAAAAGGGGGAUGGUGUUUGUUGAAAAUUGAUUUGGAUUUCAUUGUUGUAAGGUAAUGUUUGUUGGGUGUCUCGAGGUUCACGAGAUUACUUAACUAACUUGUAAUAAAGGGUCUUAUGCAAGAUUGCCAUUUUUUUCUCUCUCUGCCUCUCUCAUAUAUGUAUAUAUAUAUAUUUUAAUUAAUGAGCAGUUAGAGAGAAACAAUUCCUUCUUGUUCUUUCCUUUGGAUAUCAACAGGAGUUUUUCUUUUUCUUUUCUUCUUUUUCUGUGUCUAUCUGAGGUUUCAUCUUAGGAAUCAUCAAAAGUCAGUGAGAUUCUGACCGUUGCAACCAAUUCUUUCUGAUAAGCAAGUGAGCUUUUGGGUAGUUGUUAGUUUGGUAGAUAGAUACCAUGGAAUUAUAUGUGACCUUAAUAAUUUUUGCCUGAGAAGAGCCUUGAGAGAGCACCAAAAAGAAAAGACAGGGUCUCUUUCUCAUUUAGUGUUUCAAUUUACAAGAUCAAGAAUUCUGUUUUAUUCAUUGGAGCUAUUAGACAAGUCUUUGUUAUCUUGAAAAAUCAUGAAAUUUCUAAGUAUCAUGGGUAAUUCUUUUGGCUGUUCCGCAUCUGGGGAGCGUUUAGUUUCUGCAGCAAGAGAUGGAGAUCUUCAAGAAGCCAAGGCCUUGUUGGAAUGCAAUCCAAGACUUGCUAGAUAUUCAACAUUUGGUGUUAGAAAUUCACCACUACACUACUCUGCAGCUCAAGGUCACCAUGAGAUAGUUUCUCUCCUGAUUGAGUCUGGAGUUGAUAUUAAUCUCAGGAACUAUCGUGGUCAGACUGCUUUGAUGCAAGCUUGUCAACAUGGUCACUGGGAGGUUGUUCUGAUUCUAUUACUUUAUAAAGCUAAUAUUCACAGAUCAGAUUAUCUUAAUGGGGGCACUGCACUCCACUUGGCUGCUCUGAACGGUCAUACUCGUUGUGUACGCCUCCUCCUUGCAGAUUAUAUACCUAGUAUCUCAGAUUGUUGGAAUAUAUUGGCAAAGAGAUCAAACAACAGUGAAUCGAUCUCAGAGUUCGAUGAAAGUGCUCUCCAUGAGGUAAUUAACAGACCUGCUGAUGGUGGUAUCACCGCUCUGCAUAUGGCAGCACUGAAUGGGCAUCUUGAAACUGUGCAAUUACUGUUGGACCUAGGAGCUUCUGUUUCUGAGGUCACUGUCGAAGAUGGAACUACAAUUGAUCUGAUAGGUGCUGGAAGCACAGCUCUCCAUUAUGCUGCCUGUGGUGGAAACCAACAAUGUUGUCAAAUGUUGAUUGCCAGGGGUGCCAGUCUGAUUGCUGAAAAUGCGAACGGGUGGACACCUUUGAUGGUUGCUCGUUCAUGGCAUAGAAAUCAACUUGAGGAGAUGUUGAGCACUCAGCCAGAACACCAGCCACAAGUCUGUCCCUCACCAUAUAUAUCUCUUCCCCUUAUGAGCAUUAUCAAAAUUGCCCGAGAAUGUGGAUGGAGGAAUGAGGAGUCGCUACUCACAUGCCAGGAUACAUGUGUUGUUUGUUUGGAAAGGGCGUGCACAGUUGCUGCAGAAGGUUGUGGUCAUGAAUUCUGCACAUGGUGUGCGCUAUAUCUCUGUUCUACAUUUUGCACCUCAAAUGCUGCUCAAGGUUUCCCGGGCUCAGUUACCUGUCCUCUCUGUCGACAUGGCAUAGUUUCAUUUGCGAAGCUCCCAGGAACUAAGCCAAUGAUGAAGGCAAUUGGCAGAACAAGCUUGUCACUAGCAUUCUGCACAUGUUCAGGUGAGGAGCCAGAACCCACUUCCAUGAUAACUCCACUUUGCAAGCCCGAUUUUGGAUGCACCAGAAUCUCCCCUCUUUCAUCAUCUUUCCGCUCGCUGAGUUGCCAGAAGUUCCCAUCGAUGAAAUUCAAUGCUAGAGGUUGCAUGGGAACUCCAGACACAACACCUUCUUUAGUUCCUAGCACUAUCGACCGGAACCUGGGCAAGCAUUUGGUCAGAUGUUCAAGGUCAAGACUUGGACGAUCAACUUCUAAUAAUUACACAGAGCGCAGGAGGUCUUGGUUAUCUGCAAUCAAUCAGUAUACAACUAUAGGAACUGGAAGCUGACAUUUCAAGAAUUCUUUUUCUUUUUUUUCUUUCCUCAUUUGACUGCUAUUUUAAUCAUUCCCUCAUCUUUUUGCCAUUGUUUUGUCUAUAAUUCAUGCUUUGUAAAUAUUAAAAGCGUCUGCAACAGUCUUCAGAAUAAAUCCUGAGGGAUUUACCUUUCCUUUUUGCACUUAAACCAAACACAUGUUUUUAAGUAUUGAAUCUUUGCAUAAUUACUAUCAAAUUUUCCUUCAGCUUUA